AAAUUUUUAAAAACUUUUCUCACCUUAGUAUUGUUUCUUUCCUAAAUCAUAAACUACAAAGUGGAAACAAGACCACAAACACAAUGCGCUGUCGCCCACAUUAAUAGGCAAUAUUUCCUUUUAUGAAACAACCCUAAUGGAUUUGUUUUCUUUACGAGCUAAAAUGUUAUUUUGUGUUCUGCCAACGCUUUAUUUUUUUAACCUUUUUUUAGCUGAUCGAGUUCAUUCUCAUGUUCUUUACUUCCAACGUGACGCAUUACUGAGAUUAGACUCUGGUAAUUAUAAUUCACCACGAAACGACAACUUAGUGUCCUUCCCCUCCCCCAGAUACUCAGUAAAAAAGAUUCUUAUUCUCACUAAACCAAACCAAUCCAAGCCGAAAAAUUCUAAAAAAGAAGAAACGUAUGACAGGUUCAACCAAGAUCCCGAUUUGAAAAAUGACGCGAACAACGUAAGCGAAGAAGUGUGGAACCACAGCGACGACGUGGCGGAUGAAAAUGAAGAGAUUCGAAGCGCGGGCGCAGAGCCUCAUCAUUUGCGGAGCAACAUGGAUGACGAAGAGGAUAUUCAGCGUGCGGGAGUGAAGCCUCAGCAUUUGCGCGGAAAGACGUCUAAGGUGGACGAAAAAAACAACAAUAAGAAGGAUUCGUCAGAAGAGGUGUUGGAAAAAAAAGCACGCGCUGCUCAAUCACGUUUAGCUUUUUCAUCAAAUCGGGGAUCCAACGCGGGCCCGGGGCAAUUCAGGGGCAAUUGUGGUAUGUAUCAGGGAAUUCAGGGAGCAGUGAUUCCGUGUAUUGGUGAUUCGCUCUCAGCGUCCUUUGCUCUCGAUCCGUUAAGAAAUAGUUUCACGAAUCACGAACCCUCUCCAAUUACACGCAGUGACAUUUCUUUUAAUGAAAAUAAUAUGUGGGAUAUCUAAAUAUAGUUGGUAUUUUAAUUUUCUACGAUUCACGUCGUUUGUUAAAUGAGUUGUAUGUUUUCUAUAUAAAUAAUAUUAAUUUUGUUUCAUCAAUAAAAAUUUAAGAAAAACCAAACAAAAGCA